AUGGAAGGCGUAGUUGCACGACUGGAACAUCUUGAGGAUCAAAUAAAAUUGCUUGGACUGAGAGAAUAUGAGGGGUCGGUAGAUGCACAGCGGAAGCCUAGGUUACACAUGAGUCCUCUUUUUCAAAACAGAGAUUUUGGGCGAGAGGAGGAUAAGCUAGCAUUUACCAAUUUGCUACUUUCUGGCGAUAUAGUUUCCAGUGGAACUCCGGACGUUAUCUCAGUUAGCGGUAUGCCAGGGAUUGGCAAGACUACACUGGUACAAGUCGUUUACGAUGACGAGAGUAUGACCGGGCAUUUUGAUUUUAAAGUGUGGAUCUAUGUUGGGCAAGACUUUGAUGUCUUCAGGGUGACCAAAGAGGUUCUCCACAAAAUCACUUCUGGUACAGUUAACACCGAGGAUGAUCUAUCUUCACUUCAAUUUCAGCUGAUGGAAACACUUGCGAAGAAGAGGUUUCUACUUGUUCUAGAUGAUUUUUGGUCUGAGAGUAGUUCAGAAUGGAACCUCUUCCUCACUGCUUUCACUGGCGGAUCCGAAGGAAGCAAGAUCGUUUUAACUACUCAAAGCGAUGUUGUCACUUCUAUCACGAAGGCAGCUCGAACCUACCAACUGAGGCUGAUGACUGAUACAGAAUGCUGGGAGCUGAUCUGCUGUUCUGUUUUUGGGUAUAAGUCAAGAAAAUCUAUAGACCAUGAACUAGAAAGAGUUGGCAAAAGGAUUGCAGAACAAUGUAAGGGCUUGCCAUUAGCGGCCACGACUAUCGCAUCUCAUCUCCGGUCCAAGCCAGAUGAUCUCCAAGCAUGGUAUGAUGUAUCCAGAAAUUUCUUGUACUACACUACCGGUGUCCUUGAAGUUCUUCAGCGGAGCUAUGAUUCUCUCCCUUGUCACCUAAAGCGAUGUUUUGCGUUCUGCUCUCUAUUCCCAAAGGGUCACGAGUUUGAUAGGAAGGACUUGGUGCUUCUAUGGAUGGCAGUUGACCUCUUAUACCAACCUGGGAGCUACGAAGAAUUGGAAGACAUUGGUAACAAGUACCUUGACGAUUUAGUUGCUAGAUCUUUUCUCCAGUCAUUGGGCUACAAGGACAAGUUUACAAUGCACGACCUCAUGAAUGAUUUAGCUAAAACUGCUGCAGGAGAUUUUUGCUUCAGACUGGAAGAUGACAAUAUGGGGCAGAUACCAGAGAGGGUCCGACAUUUAUCAUUUUGUGGAAAGCAGUGGGAUUCUUCUGUAGCCUCCACUUUCACCCGUGGAGCUGAGUAUCUGAGAACCUUUCUUACACCACCACGUUUUGGGUCUUCUGAACUUGCAGAGAAAGCUCUAGACCCAUUGCCAAACUUCUCAGAACAGUCAUUAAGUUGUUUACGAAUCCUUAGCUUGUCUCAUUACCGUAUAACCAAACUUCCUGAUUCAUUCAGGAACGUAAAGCAGCUACGGUAUCUAGAUCUUUCCAACACCGACGUAAAACAAAUUCCAGAGUUUGUGUUCACCCGUAAUCUACAGACGCUUUUCUUGUCAAAUUGCCGUCGACUCAGAUAUUUGACGUACACCUUAAUAAAUGCCAUCAGCUUGCGCUAUCUCUUCCUCUUACGGACUCCGUUAGUAGAGAUGCCACAAGGAAUUAUUUACCUCAGUAGAUUGCAGAGGCUGUCAAAUUUUGUUAUAGGAGAGAUGAUGAGUGGUGCCCGGCUGCAAGAGCUGGGAGAUCUUCAUGAACUUCGAGGGACACUUCACAUCUCUGAGCUGCAAAACGUGGUCUCACUCACAGAAGCGAGUGGCGCUGGUCUGAGGAAAAAGCCAUUCCUCAAAAAGUUGGUCCUCACAUGGAGUAUGGAAACUUCUGGUUCCAAAAAAAUAGCUUGUGAGCAAAGUGAGUUGCUUAAAAAGCUCCAACCUCAUCCUAACUUGGAAAAGGUCAGCAUAAACUCUUAUUGGGGUGCGACAUUUCCUAGUUGGUUGGGUGACACUUCAUUCAUCAACAUGACGUCUGUCUCUUUGACUAGCUGCAGUCUCUGCAUAUUGCUGCCCCCACUGGGACAGCUGCCUAAACUCAAGUACCUCAGCAUUGAGAAAUUCAAGAUAUUGAAGAAGGUUGGUCUAGAGUUUUUCUACGGUGAGAACGACAGUCAAACCCCCCUGGAACCGUUUCCAAACCUUGAGAGUCUAAGUUUCUACGACAUGCCAAGAUGGGAAGAUUGGAAUUGUCCUGAACUAGAAGGGGGGAUCUUUCCACGCCUUAAGAAAAUAACCAUAAGAAGUUGCCCCAGCCUCAAGAAGUAUCCAAAGGGGAUCCCAGAAAUCACACAAGUUACUAUCUCGGAUUGCGAUUUAAGAUGUGAGGAGGACUAUGGCAAAGUUUCAGAACCAUCUUUGUCUGAAAAAGAAGAGCUACAUGGAGAUAUAGCUGUAGCCACGGAGCCAUAUCAGAACAAUCUAUUGUAUAACGUGGAUAGACUCUCUAUUGAUGCUGGUAGCAGUUCUAGGAAAAUGAUACCUCAGCAAGACGAAGAUGACAAGAGUUCUGAGAGUUCCCAAGAUGACACGAGUUUUGAAAGUAUUAAAGUGACAAAAGUUCCUGAGCUGGAAAAGCUUUCAGAAAGUCUGAGUAGACUACAUAUUGAAGGAUGCCCCGGACUAGAAUUUCUGCCAGAGAGCUUGUUGCAAGAUUGUCCAAAUCUCGAGGAGCUUUUACUCGUUGAUUGCCAGUCCCUGGAGGCCUUUCCUGGUGGAUACCCUUCCACCACUUUGAAAACUCUGUACAUAAGAGAUUGCGUGAAGAUGGUGUUUAUAGAAAGUCUGCAGCCAAUGCUCAUAUUUCCUCGUCUCGAGGAUCUCUUCAUAGGCAGUAGUUGCAGCACUCUAUCCUCGUUCCCGUUAGCCUUGUUUCUGAAUCUCAAAAGCCUUUCAAUAAGAGACUGCAAGCAACUCAGCUCUUUCACCACCGUAUUGGAUCGUAGUGAUGUUCGUUUAGCUCUUGAGGCCUUGGAGAUUACGGAUUGCCCGAAGCUGGAAUUCUUCCCUGAAGGAGGACUGCGAACCCUGAAACUCUCGUCAAUUUUAAUCUCAAACUACAGGAAUCUCAGACGGCUGCCUGCAAAAUUGAACACCCUCACUUCUCUUCUGUCGAUUCAUUUAAACGAGUGUCCUGAAUUUGAGCGCCUUCCUCUCGGUCAGUUCCCCGAAAGUCUUCAAACGCUUUGCAUCAGUCGCUGCCAAAAGCUCAGACCAACAUGUAGCUGGCUCAUGAGAUAUCUUGGUAACUUGCGUAAUUUUGAGAUGGAGGAAGGAAAUGAUGACACUGAAUCGUUCCCAGAGGAAAGUCUCCUGCCACGGAGUCUUUACACUCUACGCAUAAGCGGAUUCAAGAAUCUCCGGACUUUGAAUUACAAAGGACUUGAAGGCUUAGCAACUCUGGGGAUACUCGAAAUCAGCGGAUGCGAUAAGUUAGCAUCACUGCCAGAUGAAGGCCUUCCUUCCUCCUUGUCUCUCCUGCGCAUAAAUGGUUGUCCUAUAUUGAAAGAAAAGAUUUCUAGAAAAGACAUGGAAUGGUUCAAGAUCAAGCAUAUCCAGCUGGUGGAGAUUGAUGGUGAACAACUCCUGCGUGGAAGGAAGAAAACUGAAUAUCUCUCUUGAAGGAAAUUGGCAAAGAAGCUAAAGCCGGAUACAGGGAAGAGAAAGAUUAUUGAAGCUUCAUGAAGCUUCAGAGAACGUUUAUAUUGCAGAGAUACCCUGAGUGAUCAGAUCUUCUGUAUAGCAUUCGAUUCCUUAAGAGAUUCUGGAAAACUUCGCUGUCAAUUUCAAAUGCCUCCUUGUACCAAACUCUAUUUUUCGUGCUGAAGA